CACAGACUCUCUUCAGAUGAACUUCAGACAUCAACCCCAUCAAAUCUCAAUUGAAACGCGAUAAUGGAUUCUCAACCUUCAUCUAAAGCCCUACAUAAUCGCAUCAAUGCCAACAUCUCACAAUUACUGCAGCGGUUCGAGAAUAUAAUGGCUACAGCUACCGUUGAAAACACAAGUCACACAGCAACAGCCGUCGAAACGUACCAGCUUGACGUGGAGUCAACUGCGCUGGUCCGCGCAGCAGAAGAUAUUCUCUCCCUAACCCGCACAAUGAAGGAGGCGUGGCUGUUUGGGAAACUCGACACUCUGGGAGAAGACGAAGCGGACGUGAAACGGAGAGAGCAGCUGGAGAGCAACGCUGAGGCUAUUCAGAAGGCUAUUGCGGAGGGUGGGCUGUUGAAGCCGGCGAAGUGA